AUGGAGAAGGACUGGCUCGAUCCAAAGUCUGCGCAGAAUGCCAGGCAACCAGACAAGCCAGCCGACGUUGAGGGCAACCUGCUGGCCGAGAAUGCCGCUGCGAUUAAGAGCUCGAAUGCAGGCUACGUCACGCGCACGAGGGCGCCGAGGAAGCUGGUUCUAUGCUUCGACGGGACGGGCAACAAGUUCCACGGUGAUGACAGCGACAGCAAUAUCUUGAAGAUCUUUCGCAUGCUGGAUCGCACCGCCGGUGACCAGUACCAUUACUAUCAACCUGGCAUCGGCACCUAUGUAGUCUCGGGAUCACUCUCGCACACCAGCCUCCGCUCCCGACUGAGCUCAUGGUAUACCAAGGCCAAAGACUCAGCCAUCGGCUCAUCAUUCGACCAGCACGUCGUGGGCGGCUACCGCUUCCUGAUGCGCUUCUACAACCCCGGCGACGAGAUCUACAUGUUCGGCUUCAGCCGCGGCUCCUACAUCGCCCGGUUCCUCGCCGAGAUGCUCGACUACAUCGGGCUCCUCUCCCACGGCAAUGAGGAGAUGGUCAAGUUCGCCUGGAAGGCCUUUGCCGAGUGGCAGUGCCGCAAGGAGGUCUCGGGGUCCGACGAGGAAAAGGCCGAGGCGCUGGCCAAGAAGCGCAAGAUGUACGAGUUCAUGAAGGGCUUCCGCGAGACCUUCUCGCGGCCCGUCGGGCGCAUCAAGUUCCUCGGCCUCUUCGACACGGUCAACUCAGUCCCGCGCUUCGAGGCAGCGUGGAUGCAGCGCAGCAAGUUCCCCUACACGGCGCGCAGCAGCGCCAAGGUGAUCCGACACGCUGUCAGCAUCGACGAGCGGCGGGCCAAGUUCAGGCAGGAUCUCAUGUAUCAGGGUAACCCUAAGGCCAAGCUCCAUCGCCACCGGCACUUGGGGAAUUUCAUUGAUCAGUUUAACCCUCAUUCGCGUGGCCUCCAUUCUCGCAAUGGAGAUCAUAGCAAGCACAAGCAUACCGAGGGACCAGCUGAACCCAAGCCGGGCGAGACGAAUGGAGCUGCUGAGCCGCCCGAGGACGAACGUGGACGGCGUAGGAGCCAGUUCCUCGCCCCGGGCGCUAAACGUCCUGGAGAGAAACAGCACGAGAAUGACUGCGAGUUUGCUCCGUACCGCAAGCGCUCAACCUCCCGUCUUCGGGGCACGUCUGUCGGCCGCCAGGCGGCCAAGCAGAGGCGAGACUGCAGCGCGGAUGGCAUGUCUGAGAUGUCGGGCAUAUCGCCAUCCGAGCUCGACCCAGACUGGGACGAGGAUGGCCAGGACAUUGACGAGGUCUGGUUCGCGGGCGGGCACGGCGACGUGGGCGGCGGCUGGGAGAUGCUCGAGGACAGGAAGAGCGCGAGCCACGUGCCUCUUGCAUGGAUUGUCCGCGAGGCCAUGCGCGCCGGUCUGCCGCUCGACCCGGACAAGGUGGCCGAGAUGGGAUGCUCGUGCCAUGCUGAGUGGGAUGGCCACAAUCCCAGCCGGCUCAACUCGUCGCUGAAGCAGCAGAAGAAGUCGCAGAGGCAGAACGUGCCUGACAUCCGGCUCCAGGAGAAUGGCACCGGCGAGCCGAUAACGCCCACGUUCCCCGACUCGCCUCUCCAGACGUCGAAGGAGUUUGGCGCGCCACUGGACAAGGAGAAGCGGGGCUGCUGCGAGGAUGAUGACGAUGAUGAUGAUGACGACGAGGAGGAUUCAGACGACGAUGACGAGAAGAUGUUCAAGGGCGUCAUGUCCAAGGCUCACACGUCGCGGAUACACGACUCGCUCUCCUAUGACAGUGGGCUGGGCUUUGCGGCAGUCACGGCGUGGAAGUUCAUGGAGUGGCUGCCCUUUGCCCGCAUGGACCUGCGGUCGGACGGGUCAUGGGAACCCAUCCGGUGGCCACUCCCUCGGGGCGAGGUGCGCGACGUGCCAGACAACGUUCGUGUUCACGGAAGCGUGAUCCGGCGAAUGGAGGCCGACAAGACGUACCGUCCUGGCAAUCUGAUCGUUGGAGGCGGCGGACGGGGCGUGAGGCACGCUCCCGAGGAGCACGGGAUUGGGGAGUGGGUGUGUGUUGCCGAGAAGGGGGACGCCAUUGGGGAGAUUUGGAUGCGGAAGAACAAGCCCCAGGUCAAGACGGACUGA